UUCACACCAAAAUUAUCCCAUUAGUUAGAGGAGAGUUCAGAGAGUCGAGAGAAGCUGUCCGGAGAGCUUCCCGUCGCCGGAGCAAGCGGUGGUGUUUGCCGGAAGUUUCUCCGUUUUUCCGCCGGAAUCAUCGUUUCACUUUAAUGUAAGCCCGUAGAUAUAUCUAGUGACUAGAAUACUUUGAUGAAUAUUCUUAUUAAAAUAAUAAUUAUGAAUGAUUAAAUCAUGAUUAAAAAUGAAUAUAUUGAUAAUUAUGAAAUGAUGUGUAUUGUUAAGAGUAUCUAGAAGAACUCUAAGAUAUACCCAUUUAAAUAAUUUAUAUUAAGGUUAUCUACAAGACCUCUAGAAUAGAUCUCAGAUUAGAAGGGAUUGUGAGAAUCUGAAUAUUCGGUGAUUUGAUAAAAAAAUGUAACGGAACACGUAGACCAAACUAGAGUAUCACUCGUUUGGAAAUACUUCGACUCAAUGAUGAUUAAUUAUUGUCUUAUUGUUGCCUUAAACUAAUUAUAGUUUAAGCGUCUGAGUAAACAGAAAGAACAAUGUGAUCCUGGUGGCAGAUGAGGCGAGAUUGUCGGGAUGGAUGUGACAAGUUUUGAAAUGAAUUAUGAUAUGUCAAUUUUUAAUUCGCUUCCGCAAUAUUGUUGAAUACUCCGUACUGUAUAUGUUAUGAAAAAAAAUAUUAUUAGAAGAAGAAGAAGAAGAAGCUCAGUAUUGCAGAUCUAUACUAUCCACAGCUCAAUUAUCUAUCGGAAAUGAGAUUGUUCUCCCUUGUUGCUCUGUUCCUCGCUUCCAGCGAUCUGUUUUUAUCAGGGGCGUAUUCAUCGGCGACCUUCACGUUCACGAACAAGUGCGACCAGACGAUUUGGCCGGGAAUUUUGUCGAACGCCGGAGUUGCGCCGCUGGGAACAACCGGAUUCGCGUUGCAGAAGGGAGAAUCGAGGACGAUCCAAGCUCCGUCGAGCUGGGGAGGCCGAUUCUGGGGCAGAACAUACUGCGCGGAAGAUUCCGCCGGGAAAUUCGCCUGCGUCACCGGCGAUUGCGGCUCCGGGACGCUGGAAUGCAGCGGCGGGAACGCCGCUCCCCCGGCUACGCUGGCGGAGUUCACGCUGAACGGAGACGGAGGGAUGGACUUCUUUGACGUCAGCCUCGUGGACGGGUACAACCUCCCGAUGCUGGUGGUGCCGCAAGGCGGAUCCGGUGCGAACUGCUCCGCCACGGGCUGCCGGGUGGACGUGAACGGGCUCUGCCCGUCGGCGCUGAAGGUGACGAGCGCGGAGGGGGAGGCGGUCGUGGCGUGUAAGAGCGCGUGCGAGGCUUUCGGCGAGCCGGAGUACUGCUGCAGCGGCGCGUUCGGCACACCGGAUGUCUGCAAGCCGUCGAGUUACUCGGAGAUGUUCAAAGGCGCGUGCCCCACCGCCUACAGCUACGCCUACGACGAUAAGACCAGCACCUUCACGUGCUCCGGCGCCGACUAUGUGAUCACCUUCUGCCCAUCCCCAACCACCAGCCAAAAAUCGUCUUCAACUCCACCGAGUACGGUGUCCAACGGCGGAGACCAAACCCAACCGGCCACCGACGGCUCGAUGGUAUACGAUGGAGCGUUGGACUUCAGCGGCAGCGCGCAUCCAAUCCACCGCGUCCACGUGGCAGUUACCGUUGCCGUCGCCAUCCUAACGGCAAUCUUGCAGGUGAGGUGUCAGCUAUUAUAACGCGCAUCGUGGCCCAUCUUGCAUUGUCGGCCUGGUAGGCGAUGGGUCGACGUGCGGUCCAUCAUUGGGCCCACUUUGGCCCGUUUCCCAACAUGGCCCAUGUGACUUGCAGAUGCAGUCACCAAUGAGAGCUAGACGCGUUAGCAAAGAAAAGGACACACAUCUUCAGACACCGCUACAGCAUUAGUCAUUA